CCUACCCCUAAAGCGCGUGUACCUGGGGGCACCGGAGCUGUGCGACAACAGUGGCCUGGCGACCGUGGAGAAGGUCAUCGUGCACCCCGAGUACCGACCGGGCCUCGCCUACGCUGACCUGGCCGUCGUGAGGCUGAACGAGUCCUACGACCUGCGGGACUACUUGCCACUGUGCCUCAACACGGAGGCAGACUUCCCGAUGCGGGUCGGGCCGAUUCGCUGGGCGCUGCUCGGCGCGACCAACCGCACCAGCCAGGAGCCAAAGGCCGCCGACACCCACCAGCUGAUAGAGGUCGCACAGGUCAUCGUGCACCCCGAGUACCUCGGGCCGGUCAAGUACAACGACAUCGCUCUCUUGCGGCUGGCGCAGCCGGCACGUUUGCGUAGGGAUGGGGUGUAUCCGGCCUGCCUGGACACGGACAUGGAUGUAGACAACACGGGGAGGGACGCCGUCGCAACCGGAUGGGGCGCCACGAGCUUCGAGGACGAUGGCAGUCAGUCGUUGCUGAAAGUGAACCUCACCGUGCGCGACAUGCGGUACUGCAGGGACAACCUGGAGCUGGACAUGCAGAAGCCGAAAUGCGCUGUGUAUAAUGCUCGCAAUUCGAGCACCCGCCCCCAUCCCUCAGUCUUUUUGAACCAAUAUGCCUUCUGGCGACAGGCCUUGUUGGGCUACGGAGACCGAGACAACAUCCAGUACUCCUGUGGUGGCUCCCUCAUCGCCCCCGACUUCAUCCUCACGGCCGCACACUGCGCUUUUCUCUCUGGGAAACCAGUGGGCUGGGUGCUGCUCGGCGCGACCAACCGCACCAGUCAGGAGCCCAAGGCCGCCGACACCCACCAGCUGAUAGAGGUCGCACAGGUCAUUGUGCACCCCGAGUACGUCGCGACGGUCAAGUACCACGACAUAGCCCUCGUGCGCCUUGCGCAACCCGCCCGGGUGCAGAAGCUGGAGGUGUAUCCGGCCUGCCUGGACACUGACAUGGAUGUGGACAACACGGGGAGGGACGCCGUCGCAACCGGAUGGGGCGCCACCAGCUUCGAGGACGAUGGCAGUCAGUCGCUGCUGAAAGUGAACCUCACCGUGCGCGACAUGCGGUACUGCAGGGACAACCUGGAGCUGGACAUGCAGAAGGUCCCCCGCGGCCUCGAGGACGCCACCCAGCUGUGCGCGGGCGGCGGGGAGCACAACCGAGACACCUGCCAGGGUGACUCUGGCGGCCCGCUCCAGAUGCGAGCGAACCCCAGCAACGCCAUCACGUGCAUUUUCCGAAUCGUCGGAGUCGUCUCGUUUGGGCCACCCUGUGGUCUCGGCAAGCCGGGUGUCUACACCAGGGUGGCGGCUUACGUACCUUGGAUCGAGAGCGUCGUCUGGCCUCCGAGACCGGACGGCUGCGUGAACAACGUGCGCGUCAAGUCGGAGGGCAGCGACGUGCAGGUGCCCAACACGGGUCCUGGGACCGUGGCCAGAGGCAUGUGCAGAGUAUUCCACACGGAAUUUUGUGGCAACUAUCAUGCGUACACAAAAGAGGUUAAGCCUGAAUUGACAGCUGAUGACGUAUGCCACCACAAUCACGUUUCUCCCGAUGCCGAGGACCUUAAAAAUUGGCGCCACAAAGUGGUCACGCUCAUGUACGGCGACGCGAAGUACAGCCGGCGGCACAGCUGCGCGGGCGCGCUGGUCUCCCCCAACACCGGUGACCCUGGCACUCCGCUCAUCUCCUACAUGCACACCCUCCUGGCGCCCCAAGGUUCGUUUGCUGUCGACUACGUCCUCGGUAUCGCCUCCUCGCUGUCGUACUGCACCGUGCGGGACUCUGACGGCCACCUACUGCCAGACCUGUUCGCCGACGUUAGCCAGCACAUAGACUGGAUCGAGCGCACAGUGUGGCCUGGCCAAGCUGACUGA